AUGUCAGGAUAUGACAGAAUGCUGCGGACACUAGGAGGAAACUUGGCAGAGUUCAUUGAGAACCUUGAUGCCCUUCAUAGCUACCUUGCCUUAUCCUACCAGGAAAUGAAUGCACCAUCCUUUCGAGUGGAACGAACAGCAGAUAUGAUGUUACUCCACUAUUACUCUGACAGGAAAGGCCUGUAUCACAUUGUUCCAGGAAUCCUUGAAGCUGUGGCCAAAGAUUUCUUCAACAGUGAAGUGACACUAGAAAUUCUUGCUCAAACUGAAGAAGAGGAAUGCACUGGGAAGAAAGAGCAUGUGGUGUUCUGUAUUUUAGAGAACAGUGGAGCAGCAAAGUACAAGGUUAAAGGAACGGGAAAUUAUUCACACAGAAACAACUCUGAGAAGGAAAAAGAGAGCCCUGACAUGGAUUAUCAGAAAGAGAGAGAAGAAUCUACAGAAAAAGAGUUCAACCAGGAUAUUGUAAGGCAUUUUGCAAAAUUUAGAAAAGCUCACCAUUUAUGUACUUUUGAACCACUUUUUCCUGAGAGACUUUGGGUUGAUGAAAUAACAUUCUGCUGUGCAUUUCCUUUCCACAUGGUGUUCGAUGAAACACUGAAGAUCAAGCAGGCAGGUGUAAAAAUUCAGAAAUCCAUAAGAGGGUAUCCGAUACUCGGAUCCAGAUUAGAUGAGUAUUUUUCUAUUGUUUAUCCACAAAUUACACUCACUAUUUUCAGCAUAAGGAAGUUUAUCAAUAGUCAGUUUGUUCUCAAGAUACGAAAGGAGAAGCUGCCGAAACCAUGGAAGAAACGACCGGCACUGAAGCUCAGAGGUCAAAUGAUCUGGAUGGAGGCUUUCCAGUGCAUGAUGUACUUAUGCUCCCCAAAGUUGCGGAGUUUGGAGGAACUGGAAGAACAGCAGAUGCACCUUUCAGACAUUGCGCAUCAUGACGCAACAAGGGACCUCAUCCUCUUCAACCAGCAGCGGCUGGCAGAGAUAGAACUGUCCAACCAGCUAGAGAGGAAAAAGGAAGAGCUCAGGAUGCUCUCCAAGAACCUCGAAGCAGAAAAGAAGAAAUCAGAAACCUUAUUGUAUUCCAUGUUGCCCAAACAUGUAGCCAACCAGCUGAAAGAGGGCAAAAAGGUGGAAGCAGGAGAUUUUAGUUCCUGCACGAUACUUUUCAGUGAUGUUGUAACCUUCACAAACAUCUGUUCUGUCUGUGAACCCAUUCAAAUAGUAAAUAUGCUUAAUUCAAUGUACUCCAAGUUUGAUCACCUCACUAGUGUCCACGGUGUUUAUAAAGUGGAAACAAUUGGUGAUGCCUACAUGGUUGUUGGAGGGGUCCCAGUGCCUGUCGCCAACCAUGCUGAAAGGGUGGCUAACUUUGCCCUAGGCAUGAGAAUUGCUGCACGACAGGUUAUGAAUCCUAUUACUGAUAAGCCUAUACAGAUAAGGAUUGGGAUGCAUACUGGUCCAGUGCUUGCUGGAGUAGUUGGGGAGAAAAUGCCCAGAUAUUGUUUAUUUGGUGACACUGUCAAUACAGCUUCAAGAAUGGAAAGCCAUGGUCUCCCAGAUAAAAUCCAUAUCAGCUCAACAGCAUUCAAAGCAUUACCACAUCUGUUGUUUGAGAUAGAGGAAAGGGGAGAAAUAGAAAUCAAAAGCAAAGGAAAAAUGAGAACAUAUUUUCUGAAACAAAAUCUCUGCGCCACUGAGAAUGAAAUAAUGGGAUGGGCGGAUAACAGCAACAGCAAUGGAGCUGAAAGGUGUCAUGCCUAUGGAGAACAUCCACAAGAGGAAUACGAACCCUCACUUUCUACUCAAUUGGGACAUCUUGACAACAGCCAUGCUUCCUCGAUGCUUUGUAUUAUCUUUUAGGGUGGAGGAAGGAAAGAAAAAUAUGUUUUGGACCUUCAGUGGACUGCAAGCUGUAUACAUUUUUAUUGUAGUUGUGUUCUUUCAGAUCUAGGCUUUGCAAAUUAUUAAGAUUGUAUAAUAAUUUAAAGAGAGACAGCAUGGUGUAAUAGUUUGACUGUUGGACUAGGACUCUGGAGGACCAGGGUUUUAAUCAUCGCUCUGCCAUGGAAAUCCAUAGGAUAAUCCUGGGCAAGUCACAUGCUCUCAGUCUCAAAGGAGGGCAGGGGCAACUGCUCACUCAAUAUUAUUAAGAAAUUCCCACAAUAGCUCUACCUUAGCAUUAACAAAACAACUAUCAAUUUAAAAAGAAGCCUAAGAACAACAGGCCUUUUAAUCAAGUCUCCUCCUAUAGACCGUGCCUACAUACCAAAUCCCACAUGAUCUUGGAAGCUAAGUAGGGAAAACACUGAUUAGUACUUGGAUGGGAGAGUGACAACAAAUACCAGGUAUUGCAGCCUGUAUUUCAGAGGAAGAAACUGGUCAAACUACCUCUGAGUAUUCCUAGCCUAAAAAAGCUUUAUCAAAUUCACAGGAUUGCCGUAAGUCAACAAUGCACUUAAAGGCACAUACACAAAUAAAGUCUGCAUCCCUUGCAUUUAUACCAUGAAAUGUUUAUAUAAUUUGAAGCACCAUUUCUCUUACGUUUAUCUACACUGCUAUAGUGGGAGGAAAUGACAAUUCUCACUUAUAUUGUAACACUAAGAAUUUAUUCACAUUAUACUCAGUGGCUGGAGUGCACAUUUAACUGUGGAUAAAAGAUGGUCUAUUUGUAUAAGGAAAAUUAUAUCUGAAGUAGGAACUCACUGAGACAUAAUUGGUUCUUAUGAGCUACAAAACCAGCCUAUAAAUUUUGAGUGUAUUUCAACACUUAAAGAGAAGUAUCUUCAAUUGCAGGACUUAGCACAUGUGAGCCUAAUAAUGGUAUGGCUUCUUAAUAAUGGUGUUAGAUUGUAUUAAAUUACAAUUGGAGUGACGGGCUGAGAUUAACAGGGAAUACAGCACGUGAGGAAAUGAUAUGCUGACACUUCCAUCUGAACAAUGAAAAAUAAAUCCAAACCCACCAAUCUUGCCAGCAUUUGGAAGACUUGAACUGCUCAACACUGGAAACUUACACUUUAGAUGUAAAAUAUGACCAUACCCUAAUUCAACAUGUUCACCACAAUAUGUUCUUUUCAUAUACAUUGUUAUAUGAAUAAUUAUUUUAAAAGUUAUUUAUUGAAAAAGCGAAACACAAAGUUUAAGGUAGAAUUAUUUUAAUUUACAUAUUAUUAAACACACAAUGAACAUAGACUUUCUCCGUAACCAGUUUAAUCAGUGCACACUUAAGUACAUUUACAUUUUAAUUUCUUCAAUAUCUAUUUUUUUUAUCACAAAGAGCAUCUCUUUGGAAUCUCUAAGUCUUCCAGAUUUAUUUAAUGGUCAGCUUCCAUAAAUGAGAAGAGAUUAUUCUGAUAGGGUUUUGGGAAAGGUGGAGGAAGGGAGUAACAUUGCUUUAGGGCAGUGGUUCUCAAUUUGUAGGUCCCCAGAUGUUUUGGCCUUCAGCUCUCAGAAAUCCUAACAGCUGGUAAACUGGAUGGGACUUCUGGGAGUUGUAGGCUAAAGCACAUGGGGACCCACAGGUCGAGAACCACUGCUUCAGGGGCCGCUGUGCUUCCAUUUAUCUUUCCUAGGUAGACUAUGAGUAGAUUAUGAAAAGAAUGGGGUUGGAGAAUCCAGCAUCCGACAUGGAGUGGUGAUUUGAGCAUUGGGCUGUAACGCUAGAAAUCAGGGUUGAAUCUCUACUUGGCCAUGGAAACCAGUUGGGUGACCUUGGACAUAUCACACUUUUUGGGACUCAGAGGCAAGGGAAGGCACAUCCUGCACAGACAACCCUAUGGUAGGGUUGCCUUCUUAAACCAUAUGCCAACAAAUACCUACCCGAAGGCACACAACUCAUACACAAAAAGCAAGUUAAUCAAAUAUAUAUUUACAAUAAAAAUAUAUCUGGGUGAAGAUGGGUAACCCUUAGAAAAAUGCUAUACCAAUUAAAAAAAUUAUCCUAGUUCAUGAAACAUGUAAACAAUAUUUUAAAUUAUGAAUUGCAAGCCUUAGGCUGGGGCAAUGAUUAAUAGCUCACAUUUUAAUUUCAAAAUAAUAUAUUCUGUUGCAUAAUGGUUUAAAUGAUGAAAAGCGUUAUCUGGAAAUCUUUAAUGCCAUUUUUGUUAUUUUUAGUAAUUGUAACUAUGUAUCUAUUUAUUUAUUAAAUUGAUUUUCACCCUG